UUUGUCCUCCAGGUUCAAUAUUUGUGGUCCCCUCUUGUCUAAAUGUCAUCCCUUCUUCCGAGACAAUACGGAGGGGUGAAGGACGACAGAAUGGAGGGAGUGUGGGAGGAAGGGAGUGACGGAGGGGGCACACUCGUAAAGAACAGCAACAAAGUUUGGGAAAAUUAAACAAGAGGUAAAGGGGACAGGGGCAUGUCCACUCUCUCUCUCUGUCUCUGUCUCUCUCACUCAUUGUAUUUAUCCCUCCGUUUAUUUAUCACUCGCUUCUCUCAGUUUUACGCAAAAGACUUUUUUUGUAAGAGGUAUAAAGGGGUGACAUUUUCUGACGCAGACUUCACAGACGCUAGGUAACACACACACGUCAUGAGUAUUCGAAUAGGAAACUCCUACAUUUUCUCUCUCUCUCUCUCUCUCUCUCUCUCUCUCUCUCUCACACACACACACACACACACACACACACUCACUGGUGCUUAAGUUAAGAAUAGUGGUGAGCACUACAGCAGUCACGCAAUUAAUAUUGUGUGUGUGUGUUUGUGUGUGUGUGUUUCAGCGUUUAAAUGAAAGCAUGAUUUGGUUAGUUUGAGUUUGCAAUUCAUUUGAUUCACUCAAAAGAGUCAUUUAAGAGAACGAGUCAUUCCUGAUUCAUUCAUCAUUUACCAAUAUUUAUGAAAGACAACACACACACACACACACACACACACAGAGUGUGUUCAGUGCUAACAGUGAUAAUGAGGCUGAGCUCAUCUCUCUCUCUCUCUCUCUCUCUCUCUCUCUCUUUAUAACCCCUGUCCCACCUCCUUUAUCUCCACUCGUCCCCUCGCACUCGUCCGGUUCGUCCUUCUCUAGAGGAAUACACCUUUUCGGUUUGUUUUGGGGAAAGGACUCACUUGCUCUUGCUCUGCACAGGGAUUUUAAUUAGGACUAUAAUUGACCUUCAAUUAUGACUUUAUUUGGACUUUAAUUAAUAUUUUAAUUACAACUUUAAAUAAAUUAAUCCAGUUAGUCCGGGUAAAGACUAAUGUUUUUUUUAACAGAUUAUUGGGAUAAAGUAGGAUAAAGUGAAAGAGUCAGAAGUGUUAAUAAUAAAACAUUACUUUAAUAAUAAUAAUAAUUACAGUAAUUUAUUCCUACUUCAGUAAGAUGAGUGGACGUAAACCCGAGUGUAGAUCACUGGAGCGCUUUUAAUUAUCAUCCUGUUGGAUUUAUUUUUAUUUUUGUUAUUAUUAUUGGAUGGUUGCCGUGGUGCUCUGGACAGAGAUGAGGGGAAAAUCCCCAACAGAGUGAGACAGACGGACAGACAGACGGACAGACAGACAGACAGACAGACACAUAUAGACUGACUAAACAGACAGAAAUACAGGAAGAUCCAAAGAAAAUAGAUAGACAGAUAAACAGAUAGGUAGACAGACAGAUAGAUGGAAUUAUAGAUAGAUGGACAAACAAUUACAUGCAUAUACAGACUGAUAGAUUAAUAUAUAAAGACAGACAGAUAGACAGAUAGACAGACAGACAGAUAGAUAGAUAGAUAGAUAGAUAGAUAGAUAGAUAAGCAGACAGUUAGAGGGACAGACAGAGGGAUAGACAGUCUGAUGCCCACUGCCUCUUCUGUCAAUCACACGGGACGACGCCUCCUGCUGUUGCUAUGGGCAACCCACCUCACCAUGGCAACCAACUGGCUUUCUCUGGUGCGUGUGCCGCGCUCUCGGCCGGUGUCUGGUUCAGGGGUGUGUGUCCGUCUGCGGGGUCUGUCAGUGGGGCAGGUGGGAGUGUGCAGGACGCGAGGGGAAGUGAUGGAGUCCGUACGCAGAGCGGCUGAGAUGGUCAUCGACGAGUGUCAGCAUCAGUUCCGUAAUCGGAGGUGGAACUGCUCCACUACUCCUCGUGGUGUUAACGUGUUCGGCCGUGUUAUGAAUCAAGGGACGCGGGAGGCGGCGUUUGUCCACGCCCUCUCCUCUGCUGCUGUAGCUGUUGCAGUGACACGAGGCUGCAGCCGGGGGGAGCUGGAGAGGUGCGGCUGUGACCGCAAGGUCCGGGGAGUCAGUCCUGAGGGGUUUCAGUGGUCGGGGUGUUCAGAUAAUCUGUCGUACGGUGUUGCGUUCUCUCAGACGUUCGUUGAUGAGCCGGAGCGAGCGAAGGGCACGGCAUCGGCGCGACCGCUAAUGAACAUCCACAAUAACGAAGCAGGACGGAAGGUUAUCCUCCACAACAUGCAGGUGGAGUGUAAGUGUCACGGUGUUUCGGGUUCCUGUGAGCUCAAAACCUGCUGGAAGGUGAUGCCUCCGUUCCGCAGAGUCGGCGCUGUACUGAAGGAGCGAUUUGACGGAGCCACAGAGGUGCGUCUGACGCGUAUCGGUUCUCGCGCCGCUCUGCUGCCGAAGGACCCUGACGUGAAGCCGCCUGCCGCACGAGAUCUCGUCUACUUGGCCGCUUCUCCUGAUUUCUGUCGCCUGGACCCUGAGAACGGCAUUCUGGGAACCGCUGGCCGCCGCUGCAACGGGACAUCACGCUUAGCCCCGGACAGCUGUGAGCUGCUGUGCUGUGGUCCGGGUUUCCGCUCGGGUCGAGCCGAAGUGGUUCAGCGCUGCUCCUGUAAAUUCUCGUGGUGCUGCUCGGUCCGGUGUCAGCAAUGCAGGAACACAGUGCUCAUACACACCUGCAAAGAGUGACACACACACACACACACACAGUUGGAACACACUACACGCAUGCUGACUAGCUUAGCACACACACACAUGUAGUUUAUCAUUAAAGUGCAGCCUGGGAAUGACUCACUCACACACUGAGCCUCGUUCAUCAACCUGGAUAUAAACAAAUUUAUUCUUUCAUAAAUCAUUCACAGGAGCAUUUUCACAUGAACUGUGGCAUUUGAAUUGCGUAAAUUUGCGUUUAAGGAGACUCACUAAUGCAAACCCCGAGUGCUGAUGAGUUACUGGUUAUAUAUUCACAUCACACUGCCAAGUUUAAAUCACUGGAUUGAAAUCGAUUCUAAAUCCAUGCAUUUUUUUAUUUUGGAUUUUUCCCGAGACACAUGAAGCCAACUGCAUCUUAUCAAACUGCUGCUCAUGCUGCACACUCACAGGAAAGCGCUAUCCUCCCUCUUCUGCAUACACGAGCUCACAGAGACCCACGAUUGGCUAGUGUCUCUGUGAUUGACUCCCGCCCACAGGUGAUAGGGCGAACCCGUUUCUGUGCCACUCAGGAGUCCACAGAGCCGUCACACAGGAAAAAACUCAUCAUUCAAUCAGGACAAAAGUAAUGGCACCCUAUAAAAGGAGGAGGAGUUGGUGCGAGACUGUGGUAGUCGACACGCUGCAAAUGCUGAGCUGCAUUAUUGGAAGAUUUAGCGCAUGCCACGCUUAGGAGGCGCUCUUUCACCGAUUAGUCGUAAGUUUGUUGCUCUCUGUGAGCUUUAGAGAUUUGUGGGCGUGGCUAAAUGUCAAUCACCUGUGCCAUGAACGUUUAUGGUAAUGACUGGUGUUUAUCAGCAAACUUUUGCCAUGAAAACAUUUACACACACAUUUACUAAACGAGUGAUAAAUGAGGCUCGGUGUUGGGAAAUUUUAAUUCCAGCUGCCAGAUGAUGAUGACGAUGAUGAUGAUGAUGAUGAUGAUGUCAUAUUGGGUGUUACUGCAUCCGACCAAUCAGCAGCUUUGCUUCAAUUCACAUUCAGUCUAAAAUCUCUUAUUAUACAAUACAUUAACAUGUAAGUAUGAAAAUUAUAAUAGAUGGGGUUAAAACCUGAACUGUGACACACACACACACACACACACAGACUAACUGGAUGAGACAAAGCUUUAAGGCGGAGAUUAACCCUGUAACACACAGCUGUAGUAUGGAAGAGUGUAAUAAAUGUAGAGUAGAGCACGUGGUGUGUUUGUAAUAUUCAGCGUUACUGAUUAUAAUCUCAUAUUUAUUCCAGACUCAUCACUCUGUACAUCACGCUGCUGUAAACACAUAAACAUGUUUCACUGCACACAACUUAAUAAACAUAAUAAACUCAUCACCAUGGUUA